AUGGUGCGCAUCCUUUCAUUGUUGGGCUUCCUUCUCUCGUGUAUCAUAUUUGCCGUGGACUUGCACGGGUACAUACAAUGGAAUAAGCUGUGUCCUAACUACGGGGCGCUUGCAUCUGCCAAGGUCCUUCUCGAUGCAGGAAAGAUGUCUGGACGCGUGACACGCAAUGGAAACUUUUCAAUACUAGAUGUUCCCCCAGGAACAUAUGUUCUCUCCGUACUAUCCCAUGAUUAUUCGUUUGACCAUGUUCGGAUAGAUGUCUCUCCUUCCGAGACUCUGCCAGAAGUCCGACCGUACAUAUUCGGCACUCCUCUUCUUACGACAACAUCCGUUAGCCUUCCCUAUCCAGUUAUGCUGACCCCCCGUCACAAGAACAGAUACUUCUCGCCUCGCGAAUCCUUCAAUCUCUUGGGGAUGUUCCAGAGUCCAAUGAUGAUGAUCAUGGUAUUGACUGGCGUGAUGAUGCUUGCAAUGCCCUAUAUCGUGAAACAAUUGGACCCAGAAACACUCGACGGACUGAAAGGACAACAAGGGAUGUCUACGAGUAUAGAAAAGUCCAUCCAGAAUGGGGAUCCCAGAGGGUUAUCCGCCCUUCUAUCUGCUGGCGAAGAAACUAAAUCAAGCACACCUGUCGCAAAGUCCAAUACAGGCUCUUCAACGCUUCAACAACGGAAAGGCGGCAAAGGCAAUAAACGCCGAUGA